AUGGUAUCUCAAGGCAACAGUGCAAUACAACAAUUAUUAAUGAAAUUCUGGGUUCAGGGAGAAGUUCCUACUCCACAAGACAACGUGCGCUCACCCGAAGACCAAAAAUGCGAGGACUACUUCAAGAAAACUCAUCAGCGUCAUUCAUCAGGUCGAUGUAUUGUCCGAAUACCGUUAAAAUCUCCAGUCACGGUACUAGGUGAGUCAUAUAAUACAGCAUACAAAUGUCUUCAACGUCAAUUACGAAGGCUUCAAAGGGAUGAACAAUAUAACCAGCUCUACACACAAUUCAUGCGCGACUACGAAAAACUUGGUCACAUGGUGAAAACCAAACAUGACACUUCGACAAUAAAGUACUUCAUGCCACAUCAUGGGGUCCUGCGACCAAGCAGUACAACCACUAAGCUUAGAGUGGUUUUCAACGGAUCCAGCCCCACUACGUCCGGAUACUCACUAAAUGACAUUACUUUAACUGGAGAAAAAAUUCAGCUAGAUAUUACCGACAUUCUGUUGUGGGUACGUCAACACAAGUAUGUAUUCGCAACGGAUAUCACGAAAAUGUACCGCCAAAUUAUGGUACAUGGCACCUCCAGCAAAUUCUUUGGUUGGAUAACCAGAACAACAUCACGCCAUACCAGCUGA